AUGGAUUUAGGCGCGAAAAACAAGUCGGGGACAGUAAUAAAUCAUGUUGUUAAUUUCCAGGAAGUUACUUCUGCAAAACCAAAAGAUGUUAGUACAGCACUUCAAGCAGUUAUCAAAGAUGUGGGCGAUAUGGGAAUCUACCAGCGACUUCUGUUCGUGGGGAUGCUGCCCUUCGGGUUUUUAUGGGCAUUUGUGUACAUGAGCCACCUGUUCAUUACUGCCACGCCCUACGAGCACUGGUGCCGGGUCCCUGAACUCGAUGGCCUAGGAUGGGAACUGAGGCGAAAUCUGUCGAUCCCAACGAGCGCGGCGGGCGGGUUCGAGCGCUGCGUCGUGUUCGACGCUAACUGGACCGAGGUUUUGGAGACGCUGCUGCCGCCCGCGCCCGGCUCGCCCAUCCUCCCCUGCCAGAAUGGGUGGGAGUUCCUCUUCGAUGACAUACCAUAUCCUACCGUCUCUACUGAGCGCGAGUGGGUGUGCAGCCGUGCGGCCCUGGUGCCAUGGUCUCAGACCAUCAGCAUUCUAGGCUCCAUGCUGGGCGGUAUACUCCUCGGAUACUUCGCCGAUAGAUUCGGACGGAUACCAGCUUUGCUCGUGUCUAACGUUCUCGGCUGUGCCGGCGGCGUGGCCAUGACCUUUACUACCGGUUUCUGGGAUUUCUCCAUGUGCCGCUUCCUGGUUGGGAUGUCUUGUGACGGCUGUUUUCUAUUUAUAUAUAUCCUUGCGUUGGAGUACGUAGGCGUAAAGCAUCGGUCGUGGGUAGCCAACAUGUCGAUCGCGCUGUAUUUCGGGGGCGGCUGCGUGGUGCUGCCGUGGCUGGCGCUGUGGUUCAGCGACUGGAAGACCUUCAUUUUGGUCACUUCGCUGCCCAUGCUGGUUGCGCUUGUUACUCCUUUCCUGGUCCCUGAAAGUGUCGGAUGGUUGGUAUCCAAAGGGCGAGUGGAUGAAGCUGUAAAAAUAGUUCAUAAAUUUGAAAGGGUCAACAAAACUAAAAUUUCUCAAGAUGUUCUCGAUGAAUUUAUAGCUGCCGCCAAAUCGUUCACUCAGCAAGAUGAAAGUGUGUUCGUAAUAUUUAAAAGCAAAGGUUUGCGAAGAACUUUAUUCUUCCUCGUGAUCGCAUUCAUGUCCUGCGCUCUGGUGUUCGAUGGCCUGAUCAGGAUGUCGGAGCAUCUCGGGGUGGACUUCUUCAUAGCGUUCACGUUGACGUCCGCCACAGAAGUCCCUUCGAUUGCUUUAGUUGUCCUGCUAAUAGACAGGUUUGGACGUCGCAAAAUAGUUUCGUUGCCCUUGAUUAUAGGAGGAAUCGUUGCUUUUAUAGGCGCUUUUGUGCCCAGAGGAGUGGCGUCGGUGGUUAUGGCGAUGGGUGCGCGCUUCCUGGGCAACAUGGCGUACAGCGCCGUGAUUCAGUGGACGCCGGAACUCAUGCCCACCAGCGUGCGCGCCUCGGGCGCGUCGUUCGUGCACGUCAGCGGAUUCGCCGCCGCCAUGCUGGCCCCCUUCCUCGUUUAUUCCGUAUGUAAUUUAGGCGGUUCUCAGGUUAUCACACUGACCCCGCAAUCAGAUGCGGCGGUAGGGUGCCGCGGUUCUGCAGCAAUUCGACCUUCGGCCUCAGGCUGCACAUUUCGGGCUUUUGCCCUUACAUGGAACGCAGCCUUGACACUCAACAUAAUUUUUCCGGAGCGCGUGUGGGGGGAACUGCCGUUGGUUCUGGUGGGCGCGACCGCAGUAGCGGGCGGCACCGUGGCGCUGCUGCUGCCUGAGACCGCGGGCCAGCCGCUGCCGCAGACCCUGGACGACUAUGACCGAAUCGCCGACGCACGCCGCCAGUAGCACGCACGCACCCGCUCCCGAUCUGUACGGUGCUGACCAGCCUAAUGCAACUACAUACUUAUAAGUACAUUCUACCGCGGAAAUAUCUUACUUAUUUGUUUUAUACAAGGCUUUUUUAAUUAAUAUAUUAUUAAAUAUAUAUUAUUACCAAACAAGAACGAUUAUUCUACAAGAUGUAAUACUUCCUUUCCUUCCCAAAUACAAAAGAAAUAAACAGUCGGCAAUAUUUUGAUUUCAUUCCACAUAAUUACAUUUAUGACAUAGAAGUGGUUUGUUUUGUUUAUUCCAUAAUAUCCAUGUUUUUGUAUCGAUUUGUUUUACGCUAUGAACCUGGGCUACUGUAGACAGUGUAGACGCGUCAUUCAUUUUUUGUGCAUUAAUUAAAAACCGAGUAAGAAACAA